GUCAUUUCAAUCCAAAUUCCGGCGGCACCGCCUUUUUCGUAUCGUAAUUUGUUUCGGCCUCCACGUUUCGUCUAGAUUGUGUGAAAAACAUUAAUCAUGCUUAUUUAUAUUGCGUUGUUCCUGUUUGUCGUAUGUGCCUUAGGACUUGUUGUACAUUUUUCAUUAGAUAAAAAAGUUGUUUACAAGGAUUUGAGAGGUAAACAUGUAGUCGUAACUGGUGGAUCAAGUGGAAUAGGCAAAGCUGCUGCAGUGGAAGCAGCCAGACUGGGAGCUCAUGUAACAGUUAUCGGUCGUGAUGUAGCAAAACUUACUGCAGCUGUAGCCGAGAUAAACGCCAACUGCUCCGAUAAAACUAACCAAAAAAUUCAGUAUGCGGCUCUAGAUGUAACCUCUGAUUAUAAAGCUAUAGAACAAUGCUUUGCUUCGAUAGAGGAGAAACAAGGUCCUAUAUUCAUGUUGGUUAACUGUGCUGGUAUGUGCAUAUGUGGCCAGUUUGAAAAAAUGGAAAUUGAUGCCAUAAAACAAAUGAUUGACUUGAACUACUUUGGUACCGCCUACCCUACCCGGUAUGUUUUACCAGGAAUGAAGAAAAGAAAUGAAGGUCUUAUUGUAUUUGUGAGCUCAGAAGCUGCUUUGGUUGGUAUAUAUGGAUACAGCGCCUACAGUGCUGGCAAAUGGGCCGUCCGUGGCUUAGCAGAGUCUGUGAUUAUGGAGCUUGUGGGCACCAGCGUAAGGUUGACAAUAGCUUUCCCACCUGACACUGACACCCCUGGCUUGAAGAAUGAGGAGCUCACAAAACCAGAAGAGACCAAACUUAUAUCGGGAACUGCUGGCCUGCACUCAGCUGAGGAUGUUGGCAAACAAAUGAUUCAUGAUUCUCUUGUUGGCAAGACCUAUUCCGUAUACAGCCUUUCUGGUACACUUCUAACAACUCUGUUUGGUGGUUCCAUAGAGAAUGGUUCCCAAGUAGCACUGCAAGUGUUCUCAAUGGGAUUUUUAAGAAUCAUCAUGGUUGGCAUCUUAUUAUCUUUUAACAAAAUUGUAAGAGAUGGUCUUAAAAAGAAGACUGAUGUUAAAAGCAAAUAAAAUGUAUAUUUAUAUAAGCCACAUAUUAUUUGCUUGACCUCUUGUAUGUUGCUAGUUAUAAAACAAUAGAAAAUCAAUCUGUCUUGCAUAUUGCAGUCAAACAUACAAUGGGUAAUAAAUAAAUGUUUUAUAUAAACAUUCAACAUAUAAUGUUGCUUACAAACUAUGCCUUACAUUAUUAAAAGUACAUAAUCUAUAAUCUUAGUUAAUCAAAGUCAUAAAUAUAGUACUUAUUAUUUUUGUCAGUUUGUAGAGUAAUCAUUUUAUUAUAAUGAGCAAUAAUUUUAAUUUGGAUAUUCAAUUUGAGUAUGUGUCAUAUGUGGCUUAGAAACUGCAAUGUCUUAUGAACUUUAAACAGAUUAAUAAAUUGUUGUAAUGCCAAAAAAUCUAACCACCGGAAAAUAUUACUAAUUGCUAUGGAAAAUAUUACAAAAUACUUGUUCUAUACAAUUUCUAAUAAUCAAAAAUAAUAUUUUUAUAAGUUUUUUUUUUUCACUUUUAUUUUUUAAGAGAUAACAAUAUUCAUAAUUGAACUAAGUCAUAUUCAUAACAGUAUUAAGUACACAAAUAUUUUAUUAAGGGAUCAAUAAAUGCAUUUUUGGGAUUAUAA